GUGUGUGUGUGUGUGUGUGUGUGGGUGUGUGUGUGUGUGUUUAUGUGUAAGUGUGAGUCAGUAUAUAUAUAUGUGUGUGAGUGCAAGUGAUAAAUAUGAGUGUGAGUAAGCAUAUAUGCGUGUGUGUUUGAGUUUGUGUGUAUGUGUGUUCGCUAGUUAGAUAAAAAGGGGGAGGGGGCGGGUAGGUUAUAUAUGAAUGUCGAUGAGUUCAUUGUCAGUGUGAGCGAAGGGUGAACAAAUAAAGUUCUUGAAGAACAGCUGGAGAUACUGUACACACUGCUUCGGAUCUUAGCAAGAUGAAGAAUCUCCUUUGCGUAACGUUGAUCCUCAUGUCAUAUUUUGGGCUUGGAUAUUCGAAAUACUGCUAUGCUUGCACUGACUGCGUGAACGUCGAUACAACUAUCACCACCGUAUCCUGCCCUGCCUCCUGUCUCGCCACGGUCAUCUGCGACGGAUACCGCGUCAAGACAGUAUCCCGGAUGUGCAGUAGUACCAAUGAACCCCAAGGCUGCAUGAACAGGACCAAUUCUGCCAACUGCUAUUGCAACUACGACCGGUGCGAUGCUCUUCUGGGACGUAACCCUUGCAACAAUGCAACGAGCAGUGCCAUUUCUCUCUCCCUUGUGGCUUUGACAAUGUUCGUGGCCAAGAUCUUUCAUAACCCGUUGUGAUUUUGUCUUUUCUGUCUGAGUGAUUUUGCAGAUGUAUCUAUUUUCUUUGUAUUUUUUGUUUCUUUUUAAUCAUGAGAGAGAAAAAAAAUGCUAAUCAAUGUUAACGCUUCGCAACUAUCACUUUGAUUAUUCAUAAGCACGAUAAAUCAUCAUUCAAAUUUUAACUUACUCAGACAUUAUAUUCCUUGUAAACGAGGAUGAGAUGACAAUCGGGAUUUAUAUCUUAUCUUGUGAUCACAGUUCACCGAUUAAAGUAGGCUGUAAAUCAUUUCAGUUUUGUAGCGCUUGAGACUUUCUUAUGUAUUAGUUUCCCCUUCCAUUUUUCAGAUGUGGCAAUUUCCCAUUUUCUAGUUACGUUAAGUUAUGGUAUAACUGUACUAAUCUUAUAUUUCGUAUUCUAUAGUAUAAACCAAGCCUUAAAAUGUAAUUUUGCUCUCAAUAGCUUAACACAAGUAGCAUAUGCUAUCAUUCAGAAAAGGAAAACUGUGGCAGAAUUUAACAAAAUUUCCGGUAAAUCAUGAGAAAGUACAAUACAUGCUGUCAGUAAACUUUUAUGAAAUUCUGCUCCGUUUUCCUUGAUAACAAAUUCUGAAUAUUUAACAAAUAAAAUACUAAUAUUUGCAUAAGCCUUUAUGUUUAUCCAGCUUCCUUUUUUCUUCAUUGUAAAUGUGUAAGCAGUUGAUCAAUAUAUACACUGAACAU